ACGUAAAAGGCGCGGUCCCCUCCAGCCGUUGGGUGCCGCAUGGACCUUCCACUGCUCUCCUGUGCCUCGCGUCCGGUGGCCGGCCCCAUAGGUCCCGCCAGCUCCCUUUCUUCGCUUAGCUUCACUUGCUUGUCUUUGUAUUUGUGACUGUUUUCCAGCCUGGUCUUUCAUUUUUCUUAAUCUCGAGUUGGUCACUGUCGCCGGAUCUCUUGCUAUCUGGAGUCAUAUCGAGAAGUACCUGAAUGAAGAGUGAGGCUUUUGGAGAAGCAUUUUUGUAUCUGCUUAGAACUAUCACUUAAUGUGAAAGUCAAUCCUUUUAGAGUCAAUGGAACAUCAACUUGCACCCAUUCUUUCUGAAAUACCUCCGACAGUGCCAGUUAUCAAUGGAGAUCCCAUGUGCCCUGUGGAGAAUUAUCUUCUGGACCCUAAUACCAUGGCAGUAUGCUCUAAUUAUUCACAAAUUAUGACUCAGCCCAAGAUGUAUAACACCUGGACUUCUCCCCAAUACUGGUCUCAAAUUGUAUUUGUUCAAGUUAACCCUGGAGAAAUCCUUACCAUAAAGGCUGAUGAUGGAUCCAUUCAGAACAUUCAAGGUCCUGCAGAUGUACCUCUGAUAGCACCAACUGGCAAUUUGCCACCAAUAUACCUUCCUCCUGGAUACAUGUCUCAGGUGGUGGAAGAAAAUGGAAUUCAAAAAAUUGUCAUUGUCCCGCAGACACUUGACUAUCAUGUGCCUGUGACUGGUCCUGUGCAGCAGCCCUUUGUAGCAGCACCAUUGCUCACAUACCCACAAGCACCUCAACUUCUGUAUUCUCCAGUUCAAGGAGAAUUCCCAGUACCUUCUUACAUUCAAGAACCACAGCAGAUCCCACCACUGCCACUUCUACCACCACUGCCACUGCUCUCACCAGCAGCAACAUUUCUAUUCCAGGAACAUCUUGAAACCUAUCCUCAAGGAAGAGUGAAUCAUAACCAAUUUGAUGACAGGACUGUGAAGAUUGGAGAAUAUUCAAAGAAGAAAAUAAGAGAUCGCCAAUUUGGUGAACACAAGACUAGCUCCACCUUUAGUGACACGCCUUUAAACAUCUCUAAAAACUUGGGACUUGACAAUCAUUCUGUUAAUGGGAAGCCGGAAGCUCUUGUUGGUGGCAAAAAAGCAAGAGGUCCUCAUCAUGACAGAAAGGAGUGCCCCAGCUCUGAAAAGAAAUGUACACUUGGAUCUCAGUCAAUGGAGUGUGGAUCUGUCCCAGCCCGGCACCCUCCUUCUCAGUGUGGUACACCUGUGCUAACCUGCAAGGGGCCAACCUGUGUUAUUGUCAGUUGGGAAAUUCCUAAAUGCAAUGGUGCUGAAAUCACUGAUUACCGACUGCAGUGGGGACAAGUUGAAGAUUCCAUGCAUUUGAUUUACACUGGCCCUUGCUUGCGCUAUGAAGUUAAAGGUCUUAUUCCUGCAACUACAUACUUUUGCAGAGUACAGGCUGUAAAUAUAGUUGGGGUUGGAAUGCUUGGAGGAACUGCAAAAGUGACUACACCUGGAACCGUCCCAGCAAUGGUCCAGGUGUUACAAGAAGUUGAAAACAAAGUGCCUGCCAAGCUGUCACCAACCUGCAUAGCUAUCCGGUGGGAAGAGCCAGGCUGUCAUGGCUCUCCGAUCACAGGAUAUAACAUUGAAUAUGGAGAUAAAAAAAUCGUGACUGUCAAAAGAAUAACCGAGUACGUUCUGAAAGAUCUACAACCUAACACUACUUACAGAAUCAGAAUUCAAGCUAUCAAUCAUUAUGGACUAAGCCCUUUUAGCCCAUCAAUAAGGUGCAAAACCAAACCACUACCACCAGAGCCUCCACAGCUUAAUUGUGUGGUCUAUGGACACCAGACACCUAAAGUACAUCCACUGACUAACAACUGUUGUGAGAUCAAGUGGGAGGCUUUGGAGCCAAUUAAAGGGGACCCCAUUGUUUACUGUCUUCAAGUCACCACCGGAAAAAAGGCUAAUCAGAUUUACAAAGGACCGAACACUUCCUUUUCCUUUUCCAACUACCAUGCAAAUUCACGUUAUCGCUUCAAGGUCUGUGCAGGACGCCGAUAUGAAACCUCCAAUGGUCUUCAAGAGCUGUGGGGCCCAUAUAAGCUGUGGGGCCCAUAUAGUCCCAGUGCUCUUUUCUCGACUUAUAAGCAUCACUCUGGGCAUGGCAAAGGCAGUGGGGGUAAAGGAAAAGGCAGACACAAUGAGAAAGGGGAAAAGUGCAAGACAGAGAUGAGUGACGAUACCUUCGUUCUUACCCUCCUGAUAGCGUUCGCACUUAUUGCUGUCUUGUGUGCUGUUGCCGUUCAGUACCUCCUGAUCAACUAGUCUAUUCUUUUAGGAAAAAAGAAAAGAAAUUAGAUCCAAUUUAGAGAACCGUAGAGACAUCUUAAUGCAUAUGCUUAUACUUAAGGCUUAAUUGAUAGAAAGUAGUAACAGAAAAACAAAACAAAACAAAACAAAAACCCUAUCUUCAUUUUACAAGCUUUUGUGACAGUAGAAGAGAGAUUUCUAAGGAAACAUAUAUACGAUGAAUUUUACUAUUUUCAUUGUUCUGUCAAAAAACAUUGCCUUGUUUUGUAAAAUUCAGUCAUCUGUGGAAACUAUUUUCUGCCUUUACUUUUCAAGUUAAUAUUUUCAAAAAUUUUAAGAACUAUGACAUAUCAAUAGUAUUUUGGAAUUUUUUUAGAACAAAAUAAGAAAUAUUACUUCUAUCUGUCCUGUUAACAUCCAUAUAAAGAAAUAAAAAUGUAUCUAUCAAA